AUGGCUUUAGCUAUGCAAAAGAGAAAUAAUGUGAGGCUUCCUCCAGAAGUCAACAGAAUACUUUAUGUCAGAAACCUUCCGUAUAAAAUAACGAGCGAUGAAAUGUACGAUAUUUUUGGAAAGUAUGGAGCAAUUAGACAAAUACGAGUCGGUAAUACUCCAGAAACUAAAGGAACCGCUUUUGUGGUCUAUGAGGAUAUCUGGGAUGCUAAGAACGCCUGUGAUCAUCUUUCUGGAUUCAACGUUUGUAAUCGAUAUCUGAUUGUGCUGUAUUAUCAAGCAUCAAAGGCAUUUAAACAGCAAGACUUGAAUGCUAAAGCAGAAGAGCUUGAGAAGAUGAAAUCUAAAUACAAUAUAAACUCAGAAGAUUUACGAAAAUGA